GAGAUUUUCCGCAAUUCUUCGACAAGCAGGAUUACAUAAACCUCAUUUGCGUUAUCUGAGGCGGUAAUGUGAUGGAAGCCUACAGUUGACGGGCAUUUGUUAUUCACUCAAUUUAAACAUCAUUUCAGUAUUUCCCAGUGGAGAAUUGACGCUGGAAAGUCUCAACACAUUGGUCGAGGUAAAUCUUUUGUUGCCGCCUACUUUCAGGGGUCUGAAAAAUAAGACGGCGAGCCGAUGGCGAUAAGCUUUCACUAAUUCACGCACCAAUAGCCUUACUGUGCUCCUUCACAUAAAACGGUAGAGUGUCAGAGAGCAUCAUCAAUGAGAUAGAUACCCGAGGAAAAUGAGCAAGUUGUCCUUGCAGCCGGCCAAUUUUGAGGAGUGCCUCAUCAGUCAGGGGGACGCCCCUUACACGGUUCCCGCGGAACUUUUCUGCAAUGUCACCUGGGAUUCUGUCCUGUGUUGGCCACCCACUUUGAUUGGGUCAGAGACUAAAUUGCCAUGUCCCAAGUAUCUCGGACUUCCAUCAAAUAGAUUUGCGACCAAAUCAUGUGGAAGGAACGGAAAAUGGAUCGGAAAGCAUCCUGGUACCGAAUUUUUUCCAAAUAAUUUUUAUCCGGGUUGGACCAAUUACUCAGAAUGCACGGGGCUCAAGUAUGACAUCCCUGCUCCCGCCCCGACCAACAGAACGGCGGACUCAAACUUCAAUGCCUCCGAGCCGUCUUCGAUCAGUGUCGGAAUACUUCCUUUCCAUAGUGAGGGCGUGGACAUUCUUUCCACCCUGUUACUAAUUUUAUCCCUCACCAUGAUCCUGGCUUCUGUUAUCAUUACUUUCUGCACACGUGGACCUGUUCCCACCCGUAAGAAGCUUUACAGGAACUGUUUCGCGGCCUUUCUGGUCCACGAUUCUCUGGAGCUUGUCAUCAGAAUGGGCCGCAUUGUCCAGUCGGAAGACGUGGUCAAUGACGUCGAGACGUGCGUUUCUAUCGGAGUCCUGGUAACUCUGUCGUCAUCAGCGAUAUACACCUGGAUGACCAUAAUAUCCGUGUAUUUUACACUGACCAAAAGCGGAAUCGCCAUCGAGAACAAAAUGUACUAUGUGCUGUGUCUGUUGGGGUGGUUCAUCCCCACCGUCAUUACCAUCAUCUGGCUCAGUGUCACCGUACUCUCCGGGAACCUCAAAUGUAUUAAUGGCGAAUUGGAGUUUACCAAACCAGAAUCUGGCUUUUGGAUCAUUGAGGGAAUUAAUGUGUUCUUAAUCUCGCUGUCUUGGCUCUUGUUAAUUUUAUUUUUGUGGAAAUACAAACACCGCGAAACCCAUCGCCGAUACGCUGAAAAUAAAAGUUUGAUUAUAGAACUUGUGCACGUAAGACAAAGUGCCUACAAAAUGUUGAUUGUGCUUUGCUAUAUAACAUCCGGGUACAUUAUCUACGUCAUCACAGCGCAACAGCCGUUGACAGAGACGACGUCGUAUAUUUUGGUGGUGAUUUUAUUUUCGCGCGGAGUAAUGCUCUCGGUGUUCAUGUGUUUGCUGGAGGACAGUUGUAAAUGUUGGGACGGUGUUUAUUCAGUGGAUAACAUCACGGAGAGUGAAGCAAGUCUGGCUCCGAGCAACACAAGCACCAUGACGACUCCAAGCUCUGUCAACAUCCACAGAAUCUCGCGAUAUACGGGCACCUGCUGAGAGUCUUUGCCGUGUUUUUGGGCAUGUUGAACAUUGGUGCUAUUAUUCGGCGCAACAAAACGCCAAACUGUUUAUAUGAAACUGAUAUGAAGCGUAAUUUUCUUAUUAGAACUUCUGUGACGAUUGAAGCGAGUCUCUAUCACUCGUGGUGAAGACUUGGUUUUUAAUUUAUGAGUGAAUGAUUGUAAAUAAUAAUGUGAUAAAUAUUUUAUGUACUUCUAAAGUGCUUCCUGAUUAAACAGUUUCGACGCUUA